AAGAAUCGAAAAUUCCAUUCCCACUGCUGGGUAAUAGAGAAAGGGAGAGAAAUUGUUGGGUUUAGUUGACUUGGUCAUGCUGUUAUUCGAGAACUAUAAUCACGUUGACGGGUCUCUCUUCCUCUUGUUCUUGCUCUUUUCUCUCUCUCUCUCACUCCUUCCUCGUAACUCUCUGCACAAUAACUCAUUACCAGAUACUACUCAUCCUAAAGAGGAGACUUUUGUUGUUUUUGCUUUCAUGGGUAGUAGUUAUAUGAUUCGUCAACCUUUUCGAAUCCACGCUUCCUUUGCUUUGCUUUCACCGAACAAUAUCAUCUUCUCCUUUUUAUUGCUUUCUGUUUCUGAUUAAUAUUUCUGGUUAAGUAUCAGAUUUUGUUGUUUAAUCAAUUCAGUUCAUCGUAUGUCUCUCUCUCUCUCUAGAGAGGGUCAACCGUUGUUCCCAGAAUAGAUUAUGAUUCCAUUCAACUGUUCCUUUGUUCACUUUAGAGCUGCCUCCGAAGACACUGCUUCAUGUUAAAUUCAUACCCCUGUUGAGUUUUCUGCGUUGAGAACGAAACCAGUAUUUGAAUUCUGUAGUAAUUAAUCUGAAUUUUGGUGCGGAUAAAGGGAGAUUAUAAAGAAUUGCUUCUGUUACAGUUCUUGUCUAGGACACUCUCCUAAUGAGAAUGGAUAUUGGUGAAGGGGAGGCCUUACUAAAUCCCCGCUCCUUUAAGGUGCAUGGUAAAAUGUGCACAGAACUUGCAAAAUUAGUGGAUAGAAUCUCAAGAAUAGUUCCAGACAUAGAGGCGGCACGGCCAGGAUUCUCAUCAGGAAUAGAGUCUCUGUGUUUGCUGAACAACACAAUUGAAAAAGCCAGAGUACUUAUGCAGCAUUGCUCUGAAUGCAGCAAACUCUACCUGGUUAUGACAGGGGAUACAGUACUCUCAAGAUGCCUAAAGACAACACGAUUAUUGGAGAAAAGCUUAAUCCAAAUUCAGAACAUGGUUCCUGUUAUGUUGGCUGUGAAGGUUUCUAGAAUAAUUCAUGAUCUUGAGUGUACGAGAUUUGUUCUGGACCCCGAUGAAGAAGAGGCUGGGAGGGUUGUGAAAGAGGAGUUGCUCACUUCAACUUCAGAUUCAGUCGAAGAUUCUGAAGUUAAUGCUCUCCAGUCUGUAGCAUCGCGGCUGAAAAUAACAUCCCCGAAAGCCAUCGUAACAGAGCAACGAUCUAUUAGGAAGUUGUUGGAUAAACUUGGACCGCAUGACCUGACAAAGAAAGAGAUACUGAGAUAUCUUCUGCAUCUACUGAAAAAGCAUGCAAAGCUCCUGGUGGAAGAACAUGAGGAGAGGGUCUAUUCUCCCGAAGAACAUGUUGAAACUGAUAACUCUCGCCAUUCUCUACGAAGCCAUCAUGUGGAAUCAGACCAAAGCUUAAACUAUGAUCAGUAUAUAACUCACAGCAGUGAGUUAGGUGGAGUUGACCUCCCUGAGGAAUAUAAAUGCCCAAUAUCCUCAAGGUUGAUGUAUGAUCCUGUUAUCAUUGAAUCAGGAGUAACAUAUGAAAGGAUGUGGAUAAAAAAGUGGUUUGAUGGGGGUAAUGAUAUAUGCCCCAAAACCAGAAAGGCACUAAUCCAUACGGCUUUAACUCCAAAUGUGGUCAUGAAGGACUUAAUAUCAAAGUGGUGCAGAGAAAAUGGAGUCUCCAUUCCAGAUCCUAGUAGGCAUGCAGAAGAUAUUUCCACUUGGGAAGCUUCAAGCACUUCCAUUAAUAGUAUAGGAAGUUAUUUCAAUGAUUUCAACCCGCCAGUGGAUCUUAGUAACAUGUCAAUUGGGUCACUUGAUGCUAGUUUUAGUUCAGAUGCCUCGCAUGGUAGGGCCACUCGUGGCUCUAUGCUGAUCAGGAACAGUGACAAUUCUGAAAGACAUCAAGUUCAUACAGAGAUACAUGAUACUGAUUUGAUGCUCUUGCCUCAACUCGGUAAUCUUCAAUGGGAUUCUCAAUGCAAGGUCAUUCAAGACCUCAAAGAUCACUUGAAAAGCAAUAGCCAAGCUUUUGUUUCUGUAUCUGCAGAGAAUUUCGUUGAACCACUCCUCAGAUUUCUCAACAAUGCAUAUGAUCUGCGUGAUUUUCAAGCAUUGAAAGCUGGAACUCAGCUUCUGUUGGAGUUUGUGAACAACUGCAGAAAUGGUAAUACUAAUUUGAAUGAAGAGACGUUCAUUAUGUUGGCAAGUUUUCUUGAUUCAGAAGCGACAGAAGAAAUUCUUGCCAUACUGGAAGAACUGUCAGGAUGUUGGUAUAAUGCACCUAAAAUUGCAGCAUCCAGUGCUCUCAAUUCUAUUUUAAACAUUCUUGAUUCCGAAAACAAAGGUUUCCAACAGCAAGCUAUUAGAAUAAUGUACAAUUUGUCUUUCAUUGGUGAAGUCUGUUCCCGCAUGCUAUCGCUCAAGUGCAUCCCAAAAUUGCUGCCAUUUUUCAGUGACAGAAACCUUUUGAGAUACUGCAUACGUAUACUGAAAAAUCUUUGUGAUACUGAAGAGGGUAGGAUUUCUGUUGCUGAAACAAAGGGGUGCGUAAGUUCGGUUACUGAAAUACUUAAUACCGGCAAUAAUGAAGAACAAGAACAUGCACUGGCAGUUCUAGUCUCUCUAUGCUCUCAUGUGGAUUACUUGAAGUUAGUAAUGAGUGAGCAUGACAAUAUCAUAAUUUCUCUUUGCCUGAUCUCCCAGAAUGGAAACGACAAGGGAAAGAAAAGUGCAUUGGAAUUGAUCCAUCUUUUGGAUGAUGUCAAGAUUGGUGACAAUAAAGGUUGCUCUGAGCCAAAUAUCAGCAACUCUUGUGGAGAUUCUAAGACUCACCCACCUGAAGAAAAUAGACCACCGAAGAAAUCCACGUUUCUGAAGAAACUAUCACCAUUCUCAAAGUCCAGUUCACAUGGAUCAAAAUCCAAAAGAAUACAAUGAAUUUCUAGCACUUGCGGAAUUUUUAGCUUUGAAGAUUCAUUCGCAAAGCAUCUGCUACUUAAUUUUGCACUGUAACAACAGGUAGUAAGAUGAUGUACAGUUGUGUUUUUGAUGAUGAUAUAUUCCUUUCAGUAUUGACAUUCCAAUUCAGGACAUGUGAAUUGUUACGACAGUAGACAGUUUUCUGAUUUCUCUUUCCCUUAAUGUCAAUAUACUAGGUAGACCAAUUACACAUUUCUUGUCUAUUCUUAUUGUAUAUAUAUGUAUAUAUUAUUAUUAAACACUUCAGUACUUUGGA